CUCACAUGCCCAUUGCCCAAUUUGUUUUCAUCAAAAUGGCUUCAUUUUCGUUUUUAUAAAGCCCAAAUCAACCGACUGUCACCUCUUCCUCUCUUUCUCCGAUAUUGCUCCGUUGUUUGCUCUUCCUCACUGUACUUCCAGAUCUCCAAUUCCACCCAGAAAAUGGCGUCAUUCUCUGUUUAUCGGGACUCAUGCCCAUUAGUGAAGAACAUACUGCUUCUCGAUUCGGAAGGGAAGAGGGUAGCUGUUAAGUAUUAUUCGGAUGAAUGGUCUACGAAUGCGGCGAAAUUGGCCUAUGAGAAAUCCGUCUUUACUAAAACUCAGAAGACUAAUGCUAGGACAGAAGCUGAAAUAACUAUGUUUGACAACAACAUCGUCAUCUAUAAGUUCAUCCAGGACCUCCACUUCUUUGUAACUGGAGGUGAUGAUGAAAAUGAACUUAUUCUGGAUGCUGUGCUUCAGGGUUUCUUUGAUGCUGUUACCCUUUUACUGAGGAACAAGGUUGACAAAAGUGAAGCCCUUGAGAAUUUGGAUCUUAUACUUCUAUGCCUCGAUGAGAUAGUUGACAGAGGGAUGAUUCUUGAGACUGAUGGUAAUGUCAUUGCUAAUAAAGUUGCUACCAGUAGCGUUGAUCCUGCUGCACCCUUAUCUGAGCAGACCAUAUCUCAAGCACUGGCUUUGGCUCGCGAACACUUGACAAGAUCUCUUUUGAGCUAAUAAUCUAUACAAUGAAUAUAUUGUCAGCCAUUUACUCUAUCUUGGAUUCUUUGGCGAUCCCCUGCUUCAUGAUGCCAAAUUGUUGCGGUUUUUUUGUUGUCUGGCUGAUAUUCUAGCUGAUAUGAUCAUUUAGCUUUGCUUAGCUCAUUUAAGCACUUUGUUGGAAGAGUUUAUUUUCUUUAGCGAAACCUUUGAAACAUUGAUUUGCUAGCAAGAAGUAUAUUCGUUGAUGUACCAUUUUGUGUAUAACUCGUUCAAUAUAAAAAAUUAUGUCCUGGUUACAUUAAUAACUUUGCA